GGAGCAGACCAAAAUCCCAAACAAGGAAAUGGUGGGGGAAUAAAACGACCAGAUUAUUUAAUUAAUGCAUGUUAUAAUUAAUAUUUUAUUUUAAUGUAAAUUGAGACGUAUUUAUGGGUUAAAAUGGAUUACGACUUCAAAACAAAACUGGCGGCCGAACGAGAGAGAGUAGAAGAUCUGUUCGAAUAUGAAGGUUGCAAAGUGGGUCGAGGCACCUACGGGCACGUUUAUAAAGCUAAGCGCAAAGACGGGAACGAUGAGAAGGAGUACGCACUGAAACAAAUAGAAGGCACUGGAAUAUCGAUGUCUGCCUGCAGAGAAAUCGCUCUGUUACGAGAACUGAAACACCCGAAUGUGAUCGCACUGCAGAAAGUCUUCCUGUCCCACAGCGACAGAAAGGUUUGGCUCCUAUUCGACUAUGCUGAACAUGAUCUAUGGCACAUCAUCAAGUUCCAUCGCGCCUCGAAGGCCAACAAGAAACCCAUGCAGCUUCCCCGAGGAAUGGUGAAGUCUCUCCUGUAUCAGAUUCUGGAUGGGAUCCAUUACCUCCAUGCCAACUGGGUGCUCCACAGGGAUCUGAAACCUGCCAACAUCCUGGUGAUGGGGGAGGGUGCUGAGCGAGGAAGGGUUAAAAUUGCUGACAUGGGUUUUGCCAGACUCUUCAACUCCCCCUUGAAACCACUGGCCGACCUGGACCCUGUGGUGGUGACCUUCUGGUACAGGGCCCCUGAGCUGCUGCUGGGGGCCCGUCAUUACACAAAAGCUAUUGAUAUUUGGGCAAUUGGCUGCAUCUUUGCCGAGCUGCUGACGUCAGAGCCCAUCUUUCAUUGUCGCCAGGAAGACAUCAAGACCAGCAACCCUUUCCAUCAUGACCAGCUGGACAGGAUAUUCAGCGUCAUGGGCUUCCCUGCAGACAAGGACUGGGAGGACAUCCGGAAGAUGCCCGAAUUCCCCACACUUCAGAAAGACUUCAGGAGGACAACGUAUGCAAACAGCAGCUUAAUCAAAUACAUGGAGAAGCACAAAGUCAAACCAGACAGCAAAGUCUUUCUCCUGCUCCAGAAGCUGCUCACCAUGGACCCUACCAAGAGAAUCACGUCAGAGCAGGCGCUGCAGGACACCUACUUCCUGGAGGAGCCACUGCCAACCACUGAUGUGUUCGCUGGCUGUCAGAUCCCCUACCCAAAACGAGAGUUUCUGAAUGAAGACGAGCCCGAGGAGAAAGCAGAAAAGAACCAGACCCAGCAGCACCAGCAGACCACCGGGCAGAACCAGAACCAGCAGCAGACUGCAGCACAGCAGGUCCCCUCCCAGCAGAACCUGACACAAACCAAUGGCACUGCAGGAGCCACAGGGGCCCCCACUGUCGUGGGUUUACAACACAACCAAGAACAGGGCCCCCCCAACAAGAAAGCUCGUAUCGGGCCCUCUGGGGCCUCCUCAGGCACCGGGGUACUGCAGUCAGAGUACCAGCACUCCGGCUCCCGUCUUGGUUACCAAAGCAACGUUCAAGGUUCCACUCAGCCCCAGAACACCAUGGGAUACUCGUCCUCCUCCCAGCAGAGCUCCCAGUACUCCCACCAGACGCACCGUUACUGAGGCCCCUCCUGCAGACCCCCCCAGCAGAUGUCCCCAUCACUCUCCUCCCCGUCACGGUAACAGGAAGGCAAAAAAACAUUAAGGGCAGUUGUGCCUCGUGGAGGGGGGGGGAGGAUAGUGAAGUCUAAACCGUGGCACCUAAACACGACACCCACAGGAAAAACUGCAGCUCUGUUCAUAGAUGUAAAUUAUAAAGCACCUUUUUUAUAUGAUUUGUUUCUACCAUAUUUGCUUAGAAAUCAAGUUCAGCUUGAUUGUUGAUGUCAUUGUAAAUAUUGUACAGAAGGAAGUGAUGGGACGUCUGAGGAAAAGCCCUUUACUGUUGUCUCUCGAGGAAUAUUGGAUAAUCAGAGAUACAUCUGAGCUCACCCUGUCACAGCCACAUGUUUCUACAGAGAGAAAUCAGCACUUCAGCUGAUGCAACUGCAGGGAAAUAUUAAAUGCGCUAUUUAACUUAAUGUACUUAUUUUAGGGUUGCUCUAUUUAGACCUCUCUUUUAGAUUUCAAUUGUAAAUGUAGGAAAAGUAGUAGUGUCCUGUGAUCCCUGAAUCACUGCACUACAAGAAUAAGAAACACCUGACAGCAGAGCCUCGCCUCCUCUGACCACCGGGUUUCUAAAGAGUAUAUGCUGGACACACAUGGUGGACUCAACACUUUCUGAACAGGAGCAUGCGCAGAGACAUGCAGGGCAGCUCACUGUGUGUGUGUGUGUGUGUGUGUGUGUGUGUGUGUGUGUGUGUGUGUGUGUGUGUGUGUGUGUGUGUGUGUGUGUGUGUGUGUGUGUGUGUGUGUGUGGCAGCAUCAGCGGCGGUACUGAAGUUUUGAUGUUAACGUGCAGCUCAAUACUUCAUUGUCUUCAAGUAUUUUUUAAAUAUUUUAUUCCGUGUGUUGUAUAGUUUUUUUAAACACCUACUCAAGUAUUGUACUUAAAUUCUCUUUUUUACCAAGAGUAAACAUUUUUAUGAAUAUAAAAUAUUCUAAAUAUGAAGCUACUAUUGGUUAGUUUUAUUUUUGUUUUUUUGGGAAUCAUAUUUACAUUUGAAUACAUUCAGGUAUUGUCAUUUUAAUGCCAGUUUGUCUGUUAUGGAGAAAAGCUGACAUGACAUGAACAACAGGUCUGGAUAACACAGUUAUUCUGAGGAUGAAAAAAUGAGUGAAUGUCUGACAGCUUAGAGUGACGCAUGCCUGAGGCCUGCUCAAACAAUGCAGCACGUCCUCAUACUCACUGAACUGCUCUGCACACUGAAGUAAAAAACACAACAUUAUGUUCUUCUUCUCAGCCUUCAGCUCCAGAAGCUGCUCACCGUGGACUACUACUACUGUUGGUUAGCUUAGCAUAAAGCAAAGAAACAGAGGCAGGCUUGCUGUUUCCCUGUUUCCAGUAUUUGUGCUAAGCUAAGCCAAGCAGAUGCAGGCCGGUACUGUGUUGAGGUACGGCUGCUUUACUUGAGUAUUUCUAUUUCAUGGUACCUAAUAUUUCUCCUCCACUACAGUUAUCCAAAAGAGAUACUAUUAGCUAAACAAGAUUUAUAAAAAAAAAACAUUAAAUACAUUCAAUAAUUAUUAUUAUCAAGGUGUUUUGGGCUAUAAUUAAGACCAAUAGAUAAUAUUUCAGCCUAUUUUGAAUGCAAAUCAUUUUAUGUAAAUACAGCAACCAAUGUACAACAGAAGGGUUCCUCUUUCUCCAUCAACCGUUUUUCCAGGAUCUAGUCAGUAAGACUUUUGGGCUGAAAGUCAUCAAAUACUGCUUAGGCAAUAUACAAUAUAUGUAUAUGUACCUUUAAAACUGUAACUAAAUUUAGCUCCAACUAUUUCAGUAGGAUUUAAUGCAAGAUUUAUAGUAUUUUUCUAACUGUAUUAACGAUGUGUAGCUAUACUAAACACAGGGCAAAUCUUUGUCCGUCUGCUUUUAUUCCUCCGUCCUCACUGUUUCUGCUCAGUGGUAUUAUACGCACCGAGUGACUGUAACUGUGUAAUCCAGCACAGAUGUGGACACAGCAGGAUUGUGGCAGGGGGGGUUCAGUGUGAUAAGGAUGCACUGACACCUGGUGGCCAAAUAGAUAACUGGAGUGAAACUGCAGUUCAACAAGAUUCUCCAAACUAAACUGUGGAUUUUAGGUUUCACUAGAAUAUGCCGCACAUGUUUCCCUGUAGUUUGAAUGUGAUAUUAAUAAUGUGUUCCUUCUGAACGUGGCCUCCUGCCUGCUCUAGGUCAGACAGCACUGGUUAGUAUUUCAUGCUUUGAUACUAAUGCUUCUCUUCAGCAGUGACUCCAUGUUACAGCAUCAGGCUCACUUUCAUCUAAAUUGUGACAGUUCUGCAAAUCUGAAGCAUUUAAACAUUGCAAAAGAGUGAAUCUGUCAAUUUCAGUUAUUGGAUCUUACACAUUUCCUACACAUUUCAAACUGCAAGUUACAGAUGUAUCUGCAGAAAAAGCUUCACUUCAUCAUCCCCUUAUAGAGCAUAGAAAAACCCCAAAUUACAGUACAGCUGAAUAUGUAGCACCUGAACACAACGCAUGGAGCCACACACAUUGUGGUUCUUAAGGUCAUACUGCAAGGCAGGGUUUUUGAUUUCUGGAGUGGUGAAUUCCACCAUUCAUACAGAGGUGGUCCUGGGUUUCAGUAUCUUGCCUAGGAACAUCUGACAUGUUGACCACAGGGUCGGCGAUCCAACUCAACCUUCCGAUUGGCGGACAAGCUGCCCAUGAACUUUUCUUACUCAUGGAGGCUCUGGUUUCACUUCAGUUUUCUGCUAAUUUGAUAAGGCGUUUGUAUUGUUAUAACUAGACAUGGUUUAUGCUUUGAUGAAAUAUCAACUCUUCUCUGCUUCGGUCUCCAACCGCUGAUUAUAAAUGUCUGGCUCUCCAGCUUAUCGAUCACAGCUGAUAUUUCCUCACGUACAUUCUUCUGACAGAAAACUGCUUCAGAGCAGGCUUGAAACCAAAACAAUGAAGACAACAAACGAGCUAAAGUGGCUCAAACUGCUGAUUCACUGAAAUCUCUGUGGGUUUGUCCCUGCAACACACAUUACACUGAAAACAGUGAAACUUUGAGUUUACAUGUAUUAUGUCAACAGAUUUCACAUAAAUGUAUAAGGUUAGAAGAAAGCAAUUGUAUUAAGUUUAAAUUAAUAUUAUUGCUUUCAACCAACCUAAUAGAGUUAUGAGAGCUUUCUUGACAUAACACAUUUCAUUAAAGUCAACGCUGGAGUUAUUUCAGUGUACAUUACCCAGUCAUUUGAUGAUAUGUGCAGCUCUCAACGCAAACUUCAGGUAAUACAUUUAGAUAAAUGUUGGCAAAGACAAUUGGGGGGAUCAUUGUGUUUUCUUUUGUGUGAUGGGUCUGAAAUCCAGCAGCUAUUCAAAGGAUUUCUCCUCCUGUACCGUGUAUUGAGUCAGAGGACCCUUUUUUCCAUUUCUCUCUUUAACUAGGCGAGGUGUCACUGAGACAAAUUACUGUCAAACUGCUCCUAUAUGCAAGCCCCCCCCCCCCCCCAACUACAUCUCUCCCUGCUUGUGUUGACAGCUUUCAUAUGAUUUAUUUCUAUGUGAAUUAGCCAAGCCCAAGCCAAGCAUUCUUUUUCACAGCAUGUUACUCUGAAUUAAUUAUUGUGUGGAGAUGGGUAUAUAUAAUAAACGAUGAUAUUUAUUAUUUCCAUAUCUUCUCCAUAUAGCAGCUACACUGAAAACGUUGACUUUAAUUAAAUGUUUCAUGUCAACAGAUGUAUUGUGUUUGGUUAGUUGAAAGCAAUAAUAUUAAGUUGAACCUAUUUAAACUUAAUGUUAUGGCUUUUAACUAACCUAAUACAGUUGUGUGAAAUCUGUUGACAUUAAACAUUUCAUUUCAACGUUUCAGUUUUUUCAGUGCAUGGCGGGGACGGAGCCUGCGUCACGUCAUCAUGUUUCUGGUUUCCUUUCUCAUGAGCUCAUGUACUUCUGAAUGUGUGCAUGCCCCUGAUAAAGGAAGCUGGCGCUGUCGUGUGGGAUCUCUUCCUGAUGAAGAUCAACCGAUUGAUUUCUUGUGGAUGGUGCCUUUCUUUAGUCGUUCAUCUUCUAAUCAUGUCUAUAAAAGUUGUUCAGGAUUUUCAUAUUCUAUUUUAUGAUGUUUGUGUUUCCUCGCUUGCUGUUAAGUCUUCUUUUUGCCUCAUUACUAUGUAGCAUAUUGUUGUUAACUGAAUUAGGAGGGUAAUGUUAAGCUAAUGUCUUAUCUGAUUUCACUUGUAUGUGUUGCAGCUCUGCAGAACGUCUUUUUCUCUGGUAAUAGAUAUUUCCUAACAUUUCUGAAGCGCAGUUACAAGUUCUAUGUUUUAAAAUAGUGUACAUAAAAUCAAAUUUUUAAGAAUUUCUCAUUGAGAUAUCGAUUCAAUAAUUGUCUUUUAAUGCACUGUUGUUGCUCAAAUAUUCAGUGGUAAAAAAAAUGUAUUUAGUGUUUUUUAAUGUCUCACUUCAGACACUAAAGUUGUGGCAGUACUGAGAGAUAUAUGAUGCUCCUCUGCGUGUAGAUAUGGACGGACUCACAUUUCCCCCCUUUUGAUAGUUUGCAUGUGCCUGUCUUUGUCCAACAUUGGAACUUAUGAGUGUAUUCAGACAGACAGACAGACAGACAGACAGACAGACAGACAGACAGACAGACAGACAGACAGACAGACAGACAGACAGACAGACAGACAGACAGACAGACAGACAGACAGACAGACACUCCAUCUGCAAAUCAGAGCUCCAGCGAUGCCUUCAAGGCCGUCGAUCAAUUCAUAUUACAAACGUUGUUGAGCUUGUGUCACAGAAUGUGGUCACACUAAUCACACCACAGCAUCAUUUAUCAAGUGGCCUGUCCUUAUGGAAGACAUGUUCUGGUUGGGCUGUCUGUCUACUCCUGCACAUGCUCUGUGUAUUGUGUGUGUGCUCGAGUGCGUAUGUGUGUGUGGGAGUGUGAGUGUGCGUUCGUGCACAAAAGUGUGAAAUAGACAUAUGGCCAUAAUGUAUUGUCUUUUCAUUGCAUUUAUAGAUAAGGCAGCAAUAGCUCAGUGCAGGAAGUCCAAAAAAAAACAUUUUUUUAUCUGCUUUUAGCAAACGUGGCCAAAUUGUAUUGUACAAAUGACUGUUAAAUGAGAAUACAUUUAUGUAUAUUUAUUUUAUAUGCUGUAUUAUAAUAAAACAUCUCUUUUGUCCCUAUCAUUUUGUACUAAAAGUUCAAUUACUAGCUUUUUGUGUAACUCAGAUGAAGUGGUUAUUAAAGUGGGGAAAAGUCACCUCGGUCUCUGGCCAUUGGCUCCAAUGACCUCUACAUAACAAGACGAGAGAUGAACAAGAUGUAGCACUGAUACAUUUAGAGAGACAUGCAGUAUGUGUGUUGAUGCAGUAAACGGGUUUUAGCCACUGAGCCGCUGGUGUCACACAUUUAUUACACAGAAGUGAAUGUGUGUGAUGAUUUGAGCGUUUAAGAUAAGAUGGACCUUUAUUGAUCACUGUUGGGGAAUUCCGGUGUCAAAGCAGCAACAGAAUAAGAGGAAACACAGAUGGAUAGACCAAGACGCCACUGUUGCGUAAUUACACCAACAUGCAAUAGUGUAAAAACUAAAAACAAAGACUAAGACAUUACUGUUGUGCAAUAACAUUUGUGUGCUAUAUGUACAUUGGAAAAUGUAUUACGAAUGCUACUUGUAAAUUGGAAUAAAUUCUUAAUGUUUUUAUGUUAA